AUGCCCGAGUGUGUCAAAAUGGAGUCGAAAUCGACUAAAGACAUCAAGAACAAAGAAGAAGAAAAGAAUGACUUGUCAGAGGAAGAUAAAUUACUUCAAGAAGAACUAGAACACUUAGUGGAACGUCUCCAAGAUGGAGACAAACGCCUGCACUUCCCCGCACUGGAGCAACUUCGUGCGCACAUUCGCGCAUCCACAACCUCAAUGACCAGCGUGCCAAAGCCGCUAAAAUUCAUGAGACCGCAUUAUGAAACUAUGAAAAAUAUCUACGACAAACUACAGGACCAAGAAUGCCAGGAGCUUUGCUCAGAUAUAAUAUCUGUGCUUGCAAUGACCAUGGCUGAGGGUCGUGAUUGUCUAAAGUUUCGUCUGACCGGUUCAGCAUUGCCGCUCAGCGAAUGGGGGCAUGAAUAUGUAAGACAUCUUUCUGGAGAACUGGCUGCGGAAUGGGAUGAAGUCAGCAGCGGUGAUGAUGCUGCUGCAAAUACUGAAAAAUUAAUAGGUCUCGUCCACGAGAUAAUCCCUUACAACAUGGCCCACAACGCUGAGACUGAGGCAUGCGAUCUUCUGAUGGAGAUCGAGAGACUUGACCUAGUUGAGCGCUACGUUGAUGAGAGCGCUUACCAACGUGUUUGUCUUUACCUGACUAGUUGCGUGCCGUACGUUGCUGAUCCAGAGAACAGCACUCUUCUUCGUAGCGCCUGGAAGCUGUACAGAAAGUUCAAGCAGUACCCUCAGGCUUUGAGAGUCGCCAUGCAGCUCAACGACUUGAAUCUUAUUGGCUAUAUAUUUUUAAGCUGUACUGACUUAUCAAUCCAAAAGCAGUUGGCAUUCAUGCUAGGUCGCCAACAAAUCUUCCUCGAAAUUCCCGAAACCACUGCGGAGUACGACGACUUAAUCGAAAUAAUGUCAAACUCUCACCUGAACAACCACUUCCUGAACUUAGCCCGUGAAUUAGACAUAAUGGAGCCAAAGACCCCGGAAGACGUCUACAAAUCUCACCUGGAGAACUCAAGACCGCCGUUUGGCGGUGGCCAGGUAGACUCAGCUCGACAGAAUCUCGCAGCAAGUUUCGUGAACGGAUUCGUCAACGCAGCCUUUGGCCACGACAAGCUAUUAAUAGAGGACGGAAACAAGUGGCUAUACAAGAACAAAGAGCACGGUAUGCUAAGUGCAACAGCAUCGCUGGGUCUAGUGCUUCUUUGGGACGUCGACGGUGGUUUAACACCGAUCGACAAGUACCUGUACUCCUCCGAAGACUACAUUAAAUCCGGAGCUCUGCUAGCUUGCGGAAUCGUCAACUGCGGCGUGAGAAACGAGUGCGACCCCGCAUUGGCUCUCUUAUCAGACUACGUACUCCACAACACCAACACAAUGCGAAUCGGAGCUAUCGUAGGUCUGGGUCUGGCUUACGCUGGGUCGAACCGCGAGGCUGUACUCAGUUUACUCGCUCCAGUUCUCACAGACCCCAAGUCUAACUGGGAAGUAAUUGGUAUUGCGGGUCUUGCUCUAGGAAUGGUCGCCGUAGGCUCCUGCAAUUCAUUCGUGACUACCACGAUAAUGCACUGCUUAAUGGAAAAAAGUGAAACCGAGCUUAAAGACACUUACGCCCGAUUUUUGCCACUAGGUCUCGCGCUUUGCUUCCUGGGAAAGCAAGAAGCUGCUGAAGCAAUAAUUGCAGCGCUAGAAGUCAUCCCCGAGCCAUUCAGAUCCAUGUCAACAACUCUCGUUGAAGUUUGUGCUUACGCUGGUACAGGAAAUGUCCUUAAAAUCCAGCACCUCCUUCACAUCUGCUCGGAACACUACGAGCCGACCAGCGACAAAGACGACAAAUCUGAUCGCAACCACAAGGACAAGGACAAGAAAGACAAGGAAGACAAAGACAAGAAAGAUGAUAAGGAAAAGGAUAAGGAGAAGGAGAAGGAGAAGGAUAAAGACAAGGAUACUAAGGACAAGCAGAAGGAAAAGGAAAAAGAUUUGAGCUCUAGGCAAGCAAUCGCUGUGUUGGGUAUCGCGCUAAUUUCUAUGGGCGAAGAAAUUGGAGCUGAAAUGGCGUAUAGAACUUUUGGACAUCUUCUAAGAUACUGCGAGCCUGUGAUAAGACGCUCAGUACCUCUGGCACUUGGUUUAAUCUCCGUCUCGAAUCCCAAGCCCAAUAUUGUUGACACUUUGUCGAAAUUCUCUCAUGAUAGUGACCCAGAAGUUGCUCACAAUGCUAUUUUUGGCAUGGGUCUUGUAGGAGCUGGAACUAACAACGCUCGUUUGGCUGCUAUGCUUCGUCAGCUCGCUCAGUAUCAUGCUAAGGAUCCUAAUAAUUUAUUCAUGGUUCGCAUCGCUCAGGGGCUUACGCAUUUGGGAAAAGGAACUCUUACUUUGUCUCCGUACCACAGCGAUAGGCAGCUACUCAGUCCGGUUGCUCUUGCUGGACUUCUUUCGGCUAUUAUCGGGUUCCUUGAUGUUAAAAAUAUUAUUCUUGGAAGAUCGCACUACUUGCUCUACACUCUCGCUGCUGCAAUGCAACCCAGAAUGCUGGUGACCUUUGAUGAAGAGUUGAACCCUCUUCCGGUACCGGUGAGAGUCGGUGUUGCUGUCGACGUCGUGGGACAAGCCGGCAAGCCUAAAACCAUCACCGGGUUCCAGACACACACGACACCCGUGCUAUUAGCUUAUGGAGAACGAGCUGAACUCGCGACUGAAGAAUAUAUUCCCCUUACACCUAUUAUGGAAGGGUUCGUUAUUCUUCGAAAGAAUCCCGAAUUCGUCCCUUAG